UAGUUAGCAGGAAGUAUGUUGAAUCCGUGGAGAAAAAAAUGACCGAAGAACCAAAGUCGGUUGUUGAUCUGAAAAAAUAACAAGUCUCCUAAAUGAGAACGCAAAUGCUGCGUUUUUCAGGUUCGGCAUCAUUCGCUCGGGUGCAAAGAACGUCAUUAAACGGUGCUCUUCCAGUGCCUGCUCCGUGUCCAGAUCCUUCCGGUGCUGCCCUGACGGGGUGGUAUUGAAUGGCUGAAAGAGAAGACUUUCUUCAGCUCUGGGAAGAAAAUGGUUGACACCACAGAAUCCAAGAGCUAAGACUCUAUUUUACUCUUGUCUACUUUGUUUAUUAUCUUGAGACUUGAAUACCCCUUAAAUGUAUACGCCUACUAUGGCAAUGCAUGAUAUGAGCCGUGUCAAGGGUUUCCCCUGUAAAGAGUGUGAUAUGGUUUGCCCCAGUACCCCUAGUCUGUUAGAACACAUGAAGGCUCACUACCAGCAAGAAGAGAAUGGCAGGUUUGAGUGUGAGCAAUGUGGCCGCAUCUAUAAGCAUGCUGGCAGCCUGGCCAACCAUAAGAAAUCCCAUGAAGUGGGUUCCUUUCAGUGCCCAGUCUGCACCAGAACCCUGCCCAAUGCUGUGGCUCUGAAGAACCACCUCCGUAUCCACACCCUAUCCCCAAGCAGUGCCCAGGCAGAGGAAGACGGCGGUGACGAAGGCGCUGAAGACGGACAUGAUGAGAGGAACUAUGGUCUUGCACAGGACCUGUCUGAUGGCUUUGCCCGCAGUCACCUGAACAACAGUGGAAUGGGUCAUGGUGUGAUGUCACAUGACCCAGAUGAUCAUAAGAAGUCACCUGUAACCGAUGAUGCCUGGGAUCGUCCAUUCAAAUGCGAUCAGUGUGAUAGAACCUACCGCCACCAUGGGAGCCUGGUUAAUCACAAGAAAUGUCAUCAGGAAGGGGCGUUCAAGUGCACCGUCUGUUACAAGCAGUUCAACAACCUGGCUGCUCUCAAUGGUCAUGAGCGAACCCACUCAAAGUUUAAGACUCCUGGAGCAUCGAUGGUUAACAACAUACACGAUUCUGUGACUGAUCAGCGUUCGUCUGCGCCCCAAACCGAUGAUGCAGCUAACUGCUUCUGCCACCUGUGCCAGGUAGCUUUGCCCAACAAGAGUGACUUCCAGGAGCACAUCCUGUUGCAUAAUGCAGCCUCCUCUUCACUGGGUCUUUCCCGUAGUUUCCCUGGGAUAAUGGCGCACAAUCUCAGCGCUGUCCGCUCCCCAGCAUACACACCUGCCCUGGGUGACCCUCUGCCGCUUCCUCCUUUGCCAAAUGAUAAACGUGGCCCCUUUGACCCAAUGCUUGGCCCUCCUGUCAAUAACCCCAUUUACACUUGUGCAUACUGUGGGGCUGGGCAUCCUGAUCUGGAGAGCCUCAAAGUUCACUACCUGACCCAUGACCCCCACCCAGGCUCCCAUGGUCAGGAUGGUAUCCUGAACACUGAUGGGAUUGGCUCUAACUCUAACCCAUCACCAUCUGGAGAGAGAGUGCAAUCUUCUUCUGAUGAUGGCGAACGUCGUUUCAAGUGUCAGGAUUGUGGGAAAAGCUACCGCCAUGCUGGAAGCCUGGUCAACCACAAGCGCUCCCACCAGACUGGCCUCUACCAGUGCACCAUCUGCUGCAAGCAGUAUCCGCACUUGGCAGCCUUGCAUAGCCACCUCCGCAGCCAUAAGGGAAGAACAUCCAACCAAUCAUCCCUCAACACUGAAGGCGACUGGCUCUCCUCUGAACCCCUGACACUUGACUCUCAGAAUAGUUAUGUGCAGGAGGGGAGCGGCGCAACCACCCCCAUCUCCCUCCCUGGAAAUCUUGGUGACGCUGCUCACUUUGUACCUGAUGGUGGCCACAGCAGCGGUUUGGAUUCACUGGAGUUCCAUGAUCGAUUUGAUGGCUCCCUUGCCCAGAGCAACUCUGGGCACUCCCCUCUUCCCCAGAACCACCGCCAGGCUGAUAGACACAUGUGCACUGACUGUGGAGAGAUGUACGGGGACAUAUCUGGCAUCAAGUCUCACAUGUGCCCCCAACGGCGACAGAACCAGGGGAUGUCCAAUGGAUUCAUGGGAAACAUGAGUGGCUACAACAGUCCUGGAGGCGCUGCUCUCCCUUCAGGUGGAGGAAAUGUGAAAGAGAGCAAUGGACAGCGCUCUCAGUAUGGUUCUCAGUCCCAUGCCCAAGGAGGGGGAAAAAGGAUGAAUAAAGAAGAUGAUGAUGAUGGUGAAGUGUACCAGUGCUCGGUGUGUGGAAACCAUUAUGCCAGCCUCAGAGCUCUGAGGAGUCAUCUGCGCAGCCAUGCUAACAAUCCCACAGGGCCUGGGACUUCGGCACUUUCUCCUAACGGUGAGGCAGACUGGAGGAUUAUCUGCAGCACCUGUGGCCAGAGCUUCUCCAGAAAGCAAGACCUGUUAAACCACCAACUGAUUCAUGGGCCACAAAGGUCAGAUGCAGCAGCGCAGAGCAUGGGGGCCGAUCCCACCACUACUAAUGGCAAAAUGGAUGGUGAUGGGAGGAAUCACAUUUGCGUUGACUGUGGCAUGUUCUUUGCUGAUCGCCAUCACCUGAUCACUCACCUGUGUCCUGGAAAGGGAAGAGGAGGAGUGCUGAGCAAAGAAGGGUUGAAUGGCGCUAAAGGGAUGACUGGCGGAGAUGGAGUUAGUGGAGUUGGAGGACCUGGAGGCAGUCGUGAUAUGGGAGGACAGGACCGUAGACAACAGAUGCCAGAUUCGGAGGAUCGGCCCCAUAAAUGUGACCAGUGUGGAAGGGGCUACAGGCACCCUUGCUCCCUGCUCAACCACAAGAAAUCUCACAAGACCGGAGUCUUCAGAUGCCUUGUCUGCCAGAAGCGCUACUACAACCUGCUGGCCCUUAAGAACCACCAGAGGACCCACUUUGAUUUAAAAAGCAAGGCUGCCGCUGGCACAGGGAGAAGCGGUCCCCAAGUGGCACCCGAUUCCGAAACGAUGGCUUUACUUGAAUGGCACAAGUGUGAGGAGUGUGGGAAGGCCUUCAAGAUCCAGAAGCAGCUGGAAAACCACCUUCGGCUACAUGAAGAACACCGAGCAAAGGCUCACGCCCAGCUCGCAAAACUAGGCAAUGGAAGGUAUCAAGGAGGACCCUCUGGCAUGCAGGCCAUGAGAGGAGAAUCGUCCAAAUCCCAGAACCCUGGCAUGGGGGAAGUCAAGUAUGGACAACAACAACAAGGCUUCAAGCAACCCUACUCAGAGGCUGGCACUUCAAGGGCUCAGAAUUUUGAUCUACAAGAAGGGGGACGACGACCCUUCGCCUGUGACGAGUGCGGACGGAGCUAUCGUCAUGCAGGUAGCUUGGCCAAUCACAAGAAUCUUCACAAAAUUGGCGAGUAUCACUGCAAUGUCUGCAACUCCACUUACCCGAACCGCCUGGCCAUGAAAAACCAUCUGCGUCUUCAUUUUGCCCUCAAGAAGCACACUUGCCAGGAAUGUGGCAAAGGAUUCCGUACCCAAAAGCAGCUGACCACCCACCACUCUGCACAGCUCUGCAAGGGGGCUGCAGGAGCUGUUGCUCAAAUGGAUUACGAGUGUGAUGGGUGCUGCGAGGGUUUCGCUACUGCAGACCAGCUGGCUGCACACGACUGCCCUGCUCAGCAGCUCCCUUCGUCCUCUGCCUCCCUCAACAGCUCAAGCCUCAGCAUCGAUGGGGCUGACCUUGUGCCAGAUGAACGCCCCUACAGCUGUGACAUCUGCAACUGCUCUUACAAACAUGCCAGCAGCCUGCUGAACCACAAGCACACACACAAGACGGGCACCUUCACUUGCACCUACUGCGACAAGCCGUACUCCAACUACAUGGCGCUGCGCAACCACAUGCGCAUCCACACGCAGAAGAAGAGGCACAUCUGCCACCACUGUGGGAAAGCAUUCCGGCUAGCCAGAUUCCUCCGCAAUCACCAGAAGGUCCAUGAGGAGGGCCACACACGCUUUGGCUGCACCAGCUGCGGGAAGAGCUUCCAGGGGAGGUCAGGCCUGGCGAGGCACCGCUGCGGGGAGAACCAGGUAGGCAAGGAGGGCAGGAGGAUGGCCACUGCAAGCACGACAGGGGGAGAAGAGUGCCGGUACACAUGUGACCAGUGUGGCCGCUCCUACGCCCAUGCCAGCUCCCUCCUCAACCACAAAAACACCCACACCGUCGGCAUUUACCACUGUGCCGUGUGCCUCAAGACCUAUUCCAACCUCCUGGCCCUCAAGAACCACCGGCGCAUCCAUUCAGAGAUACGGCGUCACCGCUGCCCAGAAUGCGGCAAGGCUUUCCGUGUCUCCUCCCAGCUCAACAGCCACCGUCGCGUCCACCUAAAGGAGAGGGAGCUAACUUGUGGCCCCUGCCAGCGCAGCUUCCCCAGCCAGGCCAGCUUCCGGCUCCACCAGGAGAUCUCCCACGGCCAAGCCCCCAGGCCCCCCCAGCAGAAACAGGCCAGGGCUGGGGGAGCCUCUGGGGGCACAUCCGGGGGCGGGAGCUCAGGCCUUAACUGGGACUCCGGCCUGGAUCUCACGCUGUUGCAGGCCCAAGGACUGGUCCCCAAUGGACUACCCAAAAUGAACUCCCUGUCCUUCCAAGGCCCCAGUGGCAGCAGGAGCCGUGGGGCGACGGGGACCAAGUCGCACGUCUGCAACCAGUGCGGCCGCGGCUACCUCCACGCCAGCUCCCUCCUCAACCACAAAAACAGUCACAAAACAGGCGCCUACUUCUGUAACUCCUGUCAGAAGGAGUUUCCCAACCUGAUGUCCCUCAAGAACCACCGGCGCAUUCACACUGAGCCCAAACGUUUCCAGUGCCCUGACUGCGGAAAGUCCUUCCGUGUGUCCACCCAGCUCAUCUGCCACAGGCGCAUCCACACAAAGGAAAAGCCCUUUUCCUGCCAGCAAUGCGACAAGCGCUUCUCCAGCAAGUCCAACCUGCGCCACCACCAGAAGGUGCACUGGAGCAGCUCAGCGCCCCCCACCAUGGCCAUGGGCGCUGCCAGCUUCUUGGGUCAUCCACCAAUUGGCGCAGGGAGACCACACAAGUCGCAUGUCUGCGACCAGUGCGGCCGUGGUUACCGCCAUGCCGGAUCCCUCCAGAACCACAAGAACGUCCACAAGACAGGUGCCUAUUUCUGCAGCUCUUGUCAGAAGGAGUUCUCCAACCUGAUGGCUCUCAAGACCCAUCGGCGCAUCCACACUGAGGUCAAAUGCCACCGGUGCUCAGAUUGUGGAAAGGCCUUUCGUGCGCCUAGCCAACUCAUCGUCCACCAGCGCAUUCACACCCAGGAGAAGCCCUUCUCCUGCCAGCAAUGCACCAAACGCUUCUCCAGCAAGUCGAACCUGCGCCACCACAUGAAGUUGCACUGGAGCGGCUCAGCGCCUUCCAGUUUCCUGGGUAAACCGGUAAUUGGUGCGGGGGCCAAGUCGCACGUCUGUGACCAGUGUGGACGUGCUUACCGCCAUGCUAGCUCCCUCCUCAACCACAAGACCAUCCACAAGACUGGCGCUUAUUUCUGCACCUCCUGUCAAAAGGAGUUUCACAAUCUGAACGCCCUCAAGAACCACCGACGCAUCCAUACGGAGACCAAGCGCUACGAGUGCCCGGAGUGCGGAAAGUCCUUCCGUGUGUCCACCCAGCUCAUAAUCCACAGGCGCAUCCACACCAAGGAGAAACCCUUCUCCUGCCAGCAAUGCGACAAGCGCUUCUCCAGCAAGUCCAACCUGCGUCACCACAUGAAGUGGCAUUGGGGCAGCUCAGCGCGACCUGUGCGCACCAAUGUGUCUGUGGCUGCUAUCAGUGCCACCCUCUUGGCUCUGCCGCAACCCAUAUCUAUACAAAGUAUGGGUGGGGGUGGGGAAAGGGGAAGCAUUGAAAUGCCAAGGUUCUGGAGGUGCCAAAACUCUUCUUCACCCUCCUUCUCAUUCACCACCAUCCCACCUUUGUUAUAGACUGUGAUUUUCAUAGAGCAGGUUAUGUGGUUUAGACGCGCAAGGCCCUGCAUGCGACCCCAGAGAAGGGGAAAAAGUGGACUUGACAUGGACACUACACUGGUUAGGAUACAGGUUGCAAAAUCUUCACCCAUCUAAUCAGUUAGCUGUGCUUAAUGCAUUCACUCGAUGGCCUUUGCUAGUGUACAACAACCCUUCCGCCUGCAAUGGUACACCAGGAUUACUGGUAAAAAAAAAAAGAGUCGAUAUUGAGGUUUUGGGAUUGUUCCUACACAUCAUAACAUCCCGUCUGUUAAUCUUCAGUGAAGCCUUUGCUUGCGGCUUUUGUUGUCAUACAGUAUAAAAGACAUUGAAGAGUAACUCAUGGAUUUUAAACAUAUGCGCAAUAUGUUGGAUUAAAGAGUUGAGAUGUACUUUGACAUUUGACAUUGUAAAGAUUGAGUGUUAACGGUGAAUGUAGUAAUAUAGAACU